AUGUCUGAAAUUACUUUGGGUAAAUAUUUGUUCGAAAGAUUGAACCAAAUCGAUGUCAAGACCAUCUUCGGUCUACCAGGUGACUUCAACUUGUCCCUUUUGGACAAGAUCUACGAAAUCCCAGGUAUGAGAUGGGCUGGUAACGCUAACGAAUUGAACGCUGCUUACGCUGCUGACGGUUACGCUAGAUUAAAGGGUAUGUCCUGUUUGAUCACCACCUUCGGUGUCGGUGAAUUGUCCGCUUUGAACGGUAUUGCCGGUUCUUACGCUGAACACGUCGGUGUCUUGCACGUUGUCGGUGUCCCAUCCAUCUCUUCCCAAGCUAAGCAAUUGUUGUUGCAUCACACUUUGGGUAACGGUGACUUCACUGUCUUCCACAGAAUGUCCGCUAACAUCUCUGAAACCACUGCUAUGGUCACUGACAUUGCCACUGCCCCAGCUGAAAUUGACAGAUGUAUUAGAACUACCUACGUCACCCAAAGACCAGUCUACUUGGGUCUACCAGCUAACUUGGUUGACUUGAAGGUCCCAGCUUCUCUAUUGGACACCCCAAUUGACUUGUCUUUGAAGGCUAACGAUGCUGAAGCUGAAGCUGAAGUUAUCGAAACCAUCUUGGAUUUGGUUAAGUCUGCUAAGAACCCAAUCAUCUUGGCUGAUGCUUGUGCUUCCAGACACGAUGUUAAGGCUGAAACUAGAAAGUUGAUUGACAUCACUCAAUUCCCAUCUUUCGUUACCCCAAUGGGUAAGGGUUCCAUUGACGAACAACACCCAAGAUUCGGUGGUGUUUACGUCGGUACCUUGUCUUCUCCAGCUAUUAAGCAAUCCGUCGAAUCUGCUGAUUUGAUCUUGUCUGUCGGUGCUUUGUUGUCCGAUUUCAACACUGGUUCUUUCUCUUACUCUUACAAGACCAAGAACGUUGUCGAAUUCCACUCUGACUACAUUAAGAUUAAGAACGCUACCUUCCCAGGUGUCCAAAUGAAGUUCGUCUUGCAAAAGUUGUUGACUGUCAUUGCCGCUGCCGCUAAGGGUUACAAGCCAGUUGCUGUCCCAGCUAAGCCAGCUGCUAACCCAGCCACUGCUGCUUCUACUCCAUUGAAGCAAGAAUGGUUAUGGAACCAAGUCGGUAAGUUCUUGCAAGAAGGUGAUGUUGUUAUCUCUGAAACCGGUACUUCUGCUUUCGGUAUUAACCAAACUCACUUCCCAAACAACACUUACGGUAUUUCCCAAGUCUUAUGGGGUUCCAUCGGUUUCGCUACCGGUUGUACUUUAGGUGCUGCUUUCGCUGCUGAAGAAAUUGAUCCAAAGAAGAGAGUUAUCUUAUUCACUGGUGAAGGUUCUUUGCAAUUGACCGUCCAAGAAAUCUCUACCAUGGUCAGAUGGAACUUGAAGCCAUACUUGUUCGUCUUGAACAACGACGGUUACACCAUUGAAAGAUUGAUUCACGGUGAAAAGGCCGAUUACAAUGACAUUCAAAACUGGGAACACUUGAACUUGUUGCCAACUUUCGGUGCCAAGGACUACGAAAACCACAGAGUCUCUACUACCGGUGAAUGGGACAAGUUGACCUCCAACAAGGAAUUCAACCAAAACACCAGAAUUAGAAUGAUCGAAAUUAUGUUGCCUGUUAUGGAUGCUCCAUCUAACUUGGUUGCUCAAGCUAAGUUGACUGCUUCCAUCAACGCUAAGCAAGAUUAA